AUGGCUUCAAGUUCAAACCAAUCCCCAUUGCCUUCGUUUGAAGAUGCUAACGAAGUUCCGGCCAAUUGGUCUCUAGUACAUGAGUCACAUUUCAUAGAGUUGAUGUUAGAUAAGGUCCGAAUAUGUGGCGAAAAUAGGCAAACAGGAACCUUUUCAAAGCAUGAUUGGACUGACAUUAGGAAGCAGUUUCAUAAGAAGUUUAGGUUGAAAUAUUCUUUGAAGUCGUUCAAGAACAAAUUCACCAAGUUGAAGGAAAAGUACAAAGAUCAUAAGAAACUCGUGGAAGAUAACACCGGAUUAGGCUGGGAUCCUGUUUUGUGUACCGUAGAGGCCUCAAAUGAAUGGUGGGAUGAGCAACUAACAGAAUUUUCCACGAACAAAGGUGUUCCGUGUCUCUGGUUGCCCGAAUAUCGGAAGCUACAAACUAUAUUUGGUGAUACCGUGGCAACGGGAAAUCAUAUUAGUGCUUUAGUUCCAAGUGGUGCAACACAAAUACCAUAUCGAGGCAGGAAGACCUUGCCCACUCAAAAUGUGAUGUGUGUUUGCGAUUUUGAUAUGUGUUUCACUUAUGUUUUAGCUGGUUGGGAAGGCACAGCUAAUGAUGCAAGAAUAUUUAUGGAAGCUGUCAGCGAUCCGCAGUCAAAGUUCCCGCAUCCCCCUACAGGAAAAUAUUAUGUAGUUGACUCGGGAUAUUCAAAUAUGCUGGGAUACUUAGCUCCAUAUAGAGGACAACUGUACCAUCUCAAUGAUUAUCCCGGAACCAGGUUACCUCUUAGUGCGAGGGAGAAAUUUAACCAUUCACACUCGUCAUUGCGUAAUAUAAUUGAACGGUGUUUUGGAGUACUGAAAGCUCGUUUUCGUAUUUUGAAGAUGAUGUCAUCGUAUAGCUUGCGAAAGCAAAGAAAUAUUGUUAUAACAUCAUGCGCAAUACAUAAUUUUAUCAGAAGACACGCCAUGGAAGACGAUUUAUUUUUAGAGUAUGGAAUUGAUGACAUGAUUGUUCCUGGUGAAGGGCCGAGUGAUCCUUAUGAAACUACAACUUAUGCCAAUUUAUCUGCUAGUGAAUCUCAAAAAAGAAGACAUGAAAUGGAUUCUUAUCGAGAUGGGAUUCGAACGGGCAUGUCCUUGCAUUACCGCCUGCCUAUGUGAAAUGUUGUAUAAGUUUUUGUAACUUUAAUUAGAUUUCGGCAAACA